UCUGUGAAGCGUCAAAAUUUUACGGCUUGAGUCUUGACGCUUAUGUCGUUUACGUUUGCAUUUUAUUUAAUGAUAGUUUUUGUCCUCAUUCAAAGUAUUACACUUUAUUUAUAAGUUAACCAUUAUGAAUCGUAGAAGGGCACAUGAAGAAGAAGACGGUUAUGAACGUCUGCAUAGAAAACGCCGGAGGGUUUCAGAAAAUCAAGAAAUUGAGGAUAGAUUAGAAUCCCUUAUUUUAAGAGUAGGAGAGAAAAGUAGUUCUAGCUUAGAGAGCAAUUUAGAAGGCUUGGCGAGUGUGUUGGAAGCCGAUUUGAGUACAUUUAGAGUGAAAAUAUUACGUAUUUUAACAGAAUGUGCUAUACGAAUGCCAGAGAAAUGUACUAUUUAUGCAACAUUAGUUGGAUUGCUAAACGCAAAAAAUUAUAACUUUGGUGGCGAAUUUGUGGAUUACAUAGUCAAAACGUUUAAAGAAAAUCUCAAAACUGGUAAAUGGAACGCAGCCCGUUAUUGCUUGAGGUUUAUAGCUGAUCUAGUUAACUGUCAUGUGUUGGCUGCAUCAUCUCUAUUGACAUUGUUAGAAACAUUGGUUGACUGUGCUAAUGAAGAUGGUGUGCCACAAGUCCGACGUGAUUGGUUUGUGUUUGCCGUACUUGCUACUUUGCCAUGGGUUGGUAGAGAAUUGUAUGAAAAGAAAGAAUCACAAUUAGAUCACUUGCUGGUAACCAUAGAGGUGUUUUUAAACAAGAGAAGUAAAAAACAUUGGCCAGCUCUAAAAGUAUGGUCGGCAGAUUCACCGCAUCUUCAAGAAGAAUAUUUGGAUUGUUUGUGGGCUCAAAUCAAAAAGUUAAGACAGGAUAACUGGUCAGAAAAACAUAUACCUAGGCCUUAUCUUGCUUUUGAUUCUAUAUUGUGUGAGGCCUUACAACACACACUACCUACAAUUCAGCCUCCACCUCACAAUGAUGGCGACACAUAUCCAAUGCCCCGAGUUAUAUUCCGUAUGUUCGACUACACCGAUUGUCCCGACGGCCCUGUACUGCCAGGUGCCCACUCCAUAGAAAGGUUCCUUAUAGAGGAACACCUCCAUAAUAUCGUUGAAGCAUACCAUCUAGAGCGAAAGGAAUGUGCCGCUCAACUCCUAUGUUUUCCGUAUAAAUCUAAAAUCCCACUAGAGUACUGUAUCGUUGAAGUUAUAUUUGCUGAGCUGUUCAAUUUGCCGAGACCGAGAUAUUUGGAGAUAUGUUAUGGAUCUAUUCUAAUUGAGCUCUGUAAGCUGCAACCGUCCACGAUGCCGCAAGUUUUGGCACAAGCUACUGAGAUUCUUUUCAUGAGAAUCGAUACAAUGAAUAUAGCAUGUUUUGACAGAUUAGUGAACUGGUUUUCGUAUCACUUGAGUAACUUCCAAUAUCGUUGGUCCUGGGAAGAUUGGGAGGGAUGCGCUCAGCUAGACCCUGAACAUCCUAAGCCGAGAUUCAUCAGGGAGGUGCUCGGCAAGUGUCUUAGGUUGUCAUAUCAUCAAAGGAUCAAAGACAUGACACCGGAAUCGCUAGCAGCAUACGUCCCUCUCAAACCUGAACCCAUUUACAAAUAUGCCAUGGAAGGAGCGGCCUCUCUCCCAGGAACAGAAGCUGCUCAUCAAUUAGUUGUCUGCGUCCGUAAUAAAUGUACGCCCGAAGAGGCGUUGAACGUGCUCCGGGAACUACCGAACCCUUUACGCGAGGGUGAAGCCAAUGCCGCUCAUACAGCCUACAACCCGCUCAAGAUUGACGUGUUUGUCCAAACGCUGCUAAACCUCGGCAGCAAGAGCAUCUCCCACAGCUUCGCCGCUAUAUCUAAGUUCCAUUACGUUUUCAAGAUUCUAGCGGAGUCAGAAGAAGCCCAGAUCUGUGUUCUUCGCAACGUUUGGGAGUUAUGGCAGAGGCACAGUCAGAUGGUGUGCGUUCUGGUCGAUAAAAUGUUGAAGACUCAGAUCGUUGAAUGCAGCGCUGUCGCUACGUGGCUGUUCUCUAAGGAAAUGGCGCCAUACUUCACCCACGGAUAUCUAUGGGAGAUAUUACAUCUCACCAUAGACAAGAUGAACAAACACGUCUCCAAAUUGAGCAAGGAAUUACAAGAAGCAAGGGAGGCGUUGGCGAGAGCCGAUUCAAGCAGUUCCGAAUCAGAAGACGAGAGCGGCAGCAAGAAGAAGAAAGACCAAGACAAACCCACGGAAGAGGCGGUGGAGCGUAUGGAGGAACGCCUGGAGAUGGCGCACACGGACCAGAAGCGUCUGUUCCUGAUAGUGUUCCAGAGGUUCAUCAUGAUCCUGUCCGAACACCUGGUGAGAGCCGACACCGACGCGAGGGAUCCCCACACCCACUGGUACAGGGCCACCCUCGCCCGGCUGCGACAGGUGUUCCUGCUUCACCACGAACAGGUCCAGAAGUACAGCAGUACGUUGGAAACGCUUCUGUUCACUCAAGACCUGGACCCACACAUUCUGGACGUCUUCCAUCAAUUCGUAGCUCUCACCGCAUAAUCUCAUACAACCGCAAAAAUAUCAAAAAAACUACGAAGGUCAUCAAAAUUUCAUAAAUUAUUUUAAAUCAAUAAAUAACCAGUUUAAAAAGAACUAUGGUAGUAUGUAUUGGGGUCAUCCAUUGAAAGAGGAAGGAGAUAUGAUAAUACUACUGGACUGACGCGUGCUUAUAAGGAAGCGCUCGCUAACAAAUACUUAUGAUAUUCAUCGCGGCAGUUAGAAUUCCCGACGGAAACCAGGUGAUGAAAGCCUUACAAUAAAUGUAAAUAAAUUUGAAUGGAAAAUAUA